AUGCUCCACUGCCUUUCCCAUUCGCUAUGGUCCCUUCUUCUCUCAUUCUCCUACCGCUACUAUAUUUUAUUCAAGCCAGCUCCAUCUCGUCUAUUCAAUGCAAUUAUCAUAUUACUUAUUUACCAGCUUUCGCUGUUCCAAUUUAUUGUUUUCCUUUGGGGAUAUGAGGACUCAGUCGGCGUCAAAGAAUUACUUCAAGCCAAGUUCCCCAACUACGACUUGUCAGGGGUUCUGACUGGACACGAGACGAUGUUUUGCUUCUCAGUUAUGUUCACAAUUCUCCAUAUGACAGUUCUAAUAACACCGGUCUACAUCUGCAUUCUUAUAUUACGGAGACUUAUUAUAAAGCGUUUGUCGUUUAAAGGAAUCAGUGUAACAAAAGAUACAAGAAACUUGCACACACAAUUGUUGAUGGCAUUGACAUAUCAGGCGGCGAUUCCCGGAUUCUACUUCUUCGGUGUGUUGUCAUAUGUUAUUGGUCAACUCGGCAUCUACAAUCAUCCGGUGCUCGAAUAUUUCACAUUCUCCUCAUUCCUCUUCAUUCCCCUAUUAUCACCAGUUGCUUCAUUCGUAUUUGUCACUCCAUAUCGCAAAUUCAUUAAAAUGAUCUUCUGCAAAAUCACUCGAAUUGAGUACGCCGAAUUAUCGUCAACUCAUCAUUAUGGCACUUCACAAGUUGCUGUUAUUGGAUAA